AUGCAGAGACCAAUUAGCAACCCAGCCAUGCCUGGGUAUCAAUACGCAGAUCGAGGAGCUGGCAUCACCUACAACAACAGCCCGCAGCAGAUGUACUCUGUCGAGUCACCGAGCGGGCUGAAGUUCGGAAGAGACUUUUCAAAAAGCACAACGCCCAGUCUGGAACUGCCUUGCCGCAUGCGCUCUGAUAUGCGUCUCAAACGGCCAACUAGCGAGAGCGAAGACGACGAAGAACAGGAGGAUGGUUCCGGAAAGAAGGCACGGCUUAGCGACAAUCCUGCCUCACCCGUGGUAUUCGAAUUCGCCUGCCCUUUCUACAAACGAAACCGUCACAAAUACUGCCACCAGCGCUCCUGUCGCACAUCGGGCUGGCCCAGUGUCCAUCGUGUCAAAGAACAUCUGUAUCGUCACCAUAUGCACUACGUCUGUGACCGGUGCUCCACAACUUUCAAGCUCCAGGAGAACUUGCGAGAGCACCUCCGCCAAGAGGUUGCGUGUGCCGUGUCGACAUGCAGCGUGGCGGAAGACACCGGCUUCGACCUCGAAAUCGAAAAGAAGCUUCGCUCUCGCAAAAAGAUUGACUGUCAGAACGAGUCCGACAAGUGGACGCACAUGUACCGUCUCUUGUUUCCUAGCUACAGAGACAAGAAUACGCCCUCACCUUAUGUCGACUACAGCCUGCGGGACGAGCCGCUGGUCGCCAUAGCGGGCGUGGGCGAUUCAGACUCUACCCCAUACCUCCCUGAAGCCGACCAGGGAAGCCUUAUGACUGUGGCCGCAGCCGCAGUAGCCGUUGAGCAAAAGAUCACGGCUACUGAGACCAAUUCACAAGGGACCAAGACCGAAGACGUACUUAUCGGUCUACCUUCUGUGUUGAAGGGUAAGGGUAGACCAGAGCAGUCUACCUUUUCAAACAUGCCGGAUGAGAGCCGUCUUGUUCCCAAUAGCGCCUUCUACAAGAUCGUGCAGGAUCACGUCUUGACGGUGUUGUCGAACAUACCCAACGCACCGGUACCUCCGUCGGCGAAAGCACAAUGA